UGGACGGCGCAGCACUGGUCGGCUGGCACUGGAGCUCGACGGUCGAAUCGCUGCACUGGGGAGCAGUGCGAGGGAUGAGUUCGGCGAAAAGGAUCCCACUACCAUUCAAGAUUAUUCCGCUGGAGGAUGAAGUUCAACAAAAGAUAGCCAAAGAUUUUGCUGGCUACCCGAAUGGCCUGGUUUCCUGCAACCACUGGGGUUUCAAGUUUUCAGCGACCGUGACUGAACAGGAGGUGGAAGACAUGUACAACCAUCCUCUGGACCCACGUGACGUGUGGGUGGUGACGCCUCCCAAGUGUGGAACUACCUGGACCCAGGAGAUGGUCUGGCUGAUCGCUAACGAUCUCGACUACGAGGGCGCCAAGACGCCAUUCAUUCCAGACAGGUGGAGUUUCGUUGAUUUCCCCGGCCUCUCUGAUAAGGAGUAUAUGAAACGCUUCACUUCAAAUCCUUCUGAAAAAGAUGGCGCCACUGGAGGUCCUCCUAACUUGGCGGGAGAUCCGAACCGCCCGCCGCCGCGGUUCGUCAAGUCGCACUUGCCGUUUUCUCUAAGCAACCCUCGUUUGCUGGAUGUCUGCAAGGUGGUCUACGUGGCCAGGAACCCCAAGGAUGCUUGCGUCUCCUACUAUCAUCAUAUGAGACUGAUACGCGUGCAUGACUUUCUAGGAGAUAUUGAGCUCUUCACGGAGUACUUUAUGAAAGAUGAGUUGGGUGAAGCGCCCUUCAUCGAACACAUGAUCGAGGCGUGGAACCUGCGUCACCACCCCAACCUCUGCUUCCUCUUCUACGAGGACAUGAAGAAGGACCUGAGGGCGCAGAUCCGUAAGGUGGCCAAGUUCUUCGGAAAGGACUUCUCUGAAGAACAGGUGGACAAGCUGGCAGAACACCUCCACAUCGACAACUUCAAGAAGAACCCGUUCGUAAACUUUGAGAGCCUGAAUAAGCUUGGUCUUACGUACCCAGAUCGCGGCAGCUUCGUCAGGAAAGGCAAGACGGGUGACUGGAAGAACCACUUCACCCCUGAGAUGAAUGAAAAGUUCGACAAGUGGAUGGAGGAGAAGCUGAAAGGAACCGAUCUCACUUUUGUCCAGGAGCUGGAGAAGCAGGACUAGAGGUCAUUAUGACGACCCUUCUGCUGCUGAUGAUGAUGCUGAUGUUGAUGCUGCUGCUACUGAUGAUGUUGAUGAUGGAAGUCAUCAUUACCCUGACGCUGAUGAUGAGGAAGAGCCUGGUGGUUAUCAAUGCAAUCUACAAAUACGUUACUGCAUGAUUUUUCUAAUUUAAGCGGGGUUAAAAUGAUAAAAAAACGUAGACAUACGAAUUAACAGCUGCUUGACCUGAUGAGAUGUUUGAUGGUACUCAAGUAUAAACUUAGUUAUGUAGUGUUCAUUCUACUGACAGCUGAAUGUGACCAGAUGAUCGUUUUCCUGAGCAAUCCUUUAUUUUAUGUAAUCAUUGCUCUCAUCCGGCAUUCACUCUUGGUUUUAGAGAAGGUCUUCACUUUUAAACUCAGCUUUUUUAUAUGUCAGCUAUCAAGUUGCCUGUGAGCCUGCUUCCGCCUCCCUUGUUGCUUAUCGUAUGCAAUAAGCAUUAUGCAAAAUGCAUUUUAUGCGUCAUAAACCUUUGUAUAUUUCGGUAUAGAGACGCCUAUGCAUGCGUAGACGUGUGUGUUUCUCCGUCUAUUGCGGGUUUCAAGUCGUGCUGGUUAACGAGCUACAAAGUGAUUGGUAUUAGGUACUGUAGUCUCUAAAUUGCACGGGACGGUUGUGAUCUUUACGCGCCCUUCUUGUCCCGAUGAGCUGUUUUCGUCCUUCACUUCGUCGUCUAAAAAACGUUUUGUUAAAUACAAUGAAGUCUAUCUUGAA